UCCUUUUGUCGGGGAAUGAAAUUUCAGAAGUCCGGGUCUUUCCCCCUUUCCCUGAAUUCUCACUCUCUUUCCCGCGACUCCCCAACUCUCUCUUCUGUGUCUAUCUGUCAAAUCAUUCUCAACUGGGGUUUUCUCUCUCUCCAUAUUCAUAAUUCGGUUUUACUCCUUUUCAUCCCAGGCGCGUGGCUCAUACCGACUUUGAUAUCUUCAUAUAAGCUUCUGGUCUUUCUGUGGGUUUGAUCUGCCACUAAUCUCGCUCAUAGCUGCUGCAAAAGCACAUAAGUUCUAAUUGAAGAGUUGAGAUGAAGAAGACAAGUUAGGAACUUAUACUUAUCACUUGGCCAGUUAAUUUACUAAGUUCAAUCUGUGAUGGACUGCAACAAGGACGAGGCCCUAAAGGCCAAAGAACUUGCGGAGAAGAAAUUGCUGAAUAAUGACUUUGAAGGGGCUAAAAAGGUUGCGGUGAAAGCCGAACGACUUUACCCUCAACUGGAGAACAUUUCCCAGUUACUUGCUGUCUGUAAUGUUCACUGUUCAUCUCAAAACAAAGUAGUGGGAUCAGAAAAGGACUGGUAUGGGAUUCUUCAAAUUGAUAAGUUUUCUGAUGAAGUGACCAUCAAGAAACAAUAUCGGAGACUUGCACUCGUGCUUCAUCCUGACAAGAAUAAGUUGCCUGGUGCAGAGGCAGCUUUCAAGCUAAUUGUGGAAGCAAAUAUGGUUCUCUCUGACCCAGUUAAAAAGUCUUCAUACGAUAAUAAGUGUAAAGUUCUAUCCAAAUCUUUCGUAGCAAAGCAACCACCUCAUCAGGUUAAUCGAUAUCCAUUUGUCAGGCAAAACAAUGUUCACAAUGGUUUCAAUGCUCCGUUCAAUAAUCUAAAUCACCGUCAAUCUACACAACCAGCUUCAUCUGCAGUGCAGGAAACGUUCUGGACAGAGUGCCCCUCUUGCAAAGUUAGAUACCAGUAUUAUAGUAAUUAUGUGAACAGUGCUCUGCGUUGUCAGAAAUGCUCGAAGCCUUUUAUAGCAUUUGAUAUAGGUUCUCAAGGUGUCCCUCCUGGACCCAAAUGGAGUCAGCCUGCAUUUCAGGAUGUGCCCCUUAAAUCUAAUCUCAACCAGUCUUUUGUGCAGAAAGAACUUCCUAACCAAGGAACCUCGAAAAUGACUGCAGGAAGUGCUGGGUUUCCACCUACACGAACUGGACCCCAACAGGGUCCAGAGAUAUGCAGAGGAAAGACUGCUCCAGUGUUUGAGGAUAUGAGAACCAAACGGAAGGAUGGAAAGCGAACAGGUGGUAUGAGAGAAGGAGCUGCAAUGCCAAAGGUGGAUCGCAAAAGCAGGAAAAGGGGUCGGAAGCAGACAGUUGAAUCGAGUGAAAGCUCUGAUACUUCAACCAGUGUCGAGACAGAAGAUGUGGAGAUUGAAAAUGGAAACAAUCCACCUGCUGAACAAGGAACUGGACUUGAUGCCUAUGGCGCUAGGAGAUCAUCUCGGCAUCGGCAGAAUGUUUCAUACAAUGAAGGUGUAAGUGAUGAUGAGAAUGAUUUGGCAAGCCAUCUGAAGAAGGCGCGGUCUAACCAGUCAGCUGGAGAUAGUAAACCUCAGCAGAAAGAAGAUGUUGGCGGUGAUAAUCAAAGACAUGCAUGUGCAACUAGGCCGUGCAGUAAUUCUGUGGAAAGAUUAAAUCAAAAUGGAUUGGGCUGUCCUGAAAGGGAUGUGCAAACCAACAAUUUUAAAGUUGGGACUGUUAAUGGACAGGCUUCCAGACCGCCAUCAGGGGGUGCCAAAAAUAUUGAACUUCUCGUUGAUUCUGAUUCCGAACCAGAUACCAUUUCUGAUAGUAAUCCUGCACAGGUGUAUGAUUAUCCUGAUCCUGAAUUCAGUGAUUUUGACAAGCACAAAGCAGAAAAUUGCUUUGCAAUUGACCAAAUCUGGGCUUGCUAUGAUACGGAGGAUGGUAUGCCAAGAUUCUAUGCCCACAUUAGGAAGGUAUCCAGUCCUGAAUUUAAUGUGAUUUUCAGUUGGCUCGAGGCUCAUCCAGAAGAUCAAGGAGGCAGAGCUUGGGUCAGGGCAGAGUUGCCUGUUGGCUGUGGGAAAUUUAAACGUGGGUGUACUGAUUCCACUUCUGAUCGACUUACAUUUUCUCAUCAAGUUCAGUGCGAAAUGGGCAAGAGAGGUUUGUACGCUGUAUAUCCUAGGAAAGGGGAAACGUGGGCCCUUUUCAAGGAUUGGGAUAUUUGUUGGAGCUCGGACCCAAAGAACCAUAGGAAGUACAAGUAUGAAAUUGUGGAGAUUCUUUCUGAUUAUGUUGGGGAUGUUGGUGUCCAAGUUGGUUACUUAGAUAAAGUGACUGGCUUUGUUAGCCUUUUCCAGCGAACAAGGAUUACUGUAUCUGGUACAUUCUUUGUAAAGCCAAAUGAACUUUACAAGUUCUCUCAUCGAGUUCCCUCUUUCAAAAUGACUGGAACUGAGCGAGAGGGUGUACCAGCGGGAUCGUUUGAACUUGAUCCUGCUUCCCUACCCCUUGAUCCAGACGAUAUUUGGUACCCUGGCAAAGUUAAGGAAGAAAGCAGGACUUCAAAUUCUCAACCUGUAGAAGUUUUGUUUGCUUUCCCCCCUGGAACUAGAGACAAAUCCAGGACAUCUGAGAAUGCGACGAUAUCUCUGAAGUCCGGGGACUUGAAAGGCAUCAAUGCUACUGAUGGUGAGUCUGCUAAGGUUCGAAAAUCUCCUAGAGGAGUGAACAUCUCGGAGAAAACGCAAAAUAAGAUGAGCUCUCUUUCUGCCAAUGACAAUCCUUCCACUGAUUUUGACGAUAAUUGUAUUAAAAAGAACUGUCAUUCAAGUCCCAGCAUACCAAGUCAUUUGUCACGUCAAGCUGAUGAAGAGUCGCAUUCACGCACAAAGAGCUUUGGUCUCGGCAACUCCUCUGGAAGCUCCAAAAAUCCAAUAACUUUAUCAGAUGAAAAAGGUUCUGAAGAAGUUUUUUGUGAUUUUAGGAUGGACAGAUCUAUGGGGAAGUUUCAGGUAGAUCAGGUAUGGGCUCUUUAUGGUCAAAAUAGUACAUUGCCAAAGACUUAUGCUCAGAUUAAGAAGAUUGUUCCUUCCCCAUUCAAAUUGCAUGUAGUCCUUCUUGAAUCUAGUGCAGGGCGUAAAACUGCUCCUCUGACUGUUUGCGGAACAUUCAAAGUGCAGAACGAAAAAUGCCAAGUCUUUGAUCCCAGUAGCUUCUCGCACGUGGUGAAAACAGUCUCUAAUAAUAGAAAUAGGUUUGAAAUCUACCCAAGAGAAGGAGAGAUUUGGGCACUGUACAAGAACUGGAAAAAAUCAGGUUUGGAUCCAGACAAGUUUGAGUAUGAGAUAGUGGAGGUCAUCGAGAAUUCAAAAGACCGGAUAAAAGUUUCAUCCAUGGCGCGUGUGAAUGGUUUCAAGUCAGUCUUCAGGUCUCUAAGAAAACCAAGAUUGAAUCCUGCUAUUCUAGAAAUAAAAAAAGAUGAGUUCGGGAGAUUCUCUCAUCAGAUCCCUGCAUUUCAGCUGACUGGGGAAAAAGGAGGGGCUUUAAUAGGCUGCUGGGAGCUUGAUCCUGCUUCAGUACCGUGUCCCUUAUAAAGUGAUGCCCCAAUUAUAGUGUGAUGAGACUCAAAUGUGAAUUGGUUCUCCUGGAUUUAGAGAGUCUUGGCAGUGAAAUCUUCCUCUCUGUUGCCCCAUAUCAUCAGUUCAUUCCUCGAUGGUUGCAUGAGCUGUAGACAUGACAGAUUCUUCAGUCUUUUGCUUUACUUCACUCGAAUUCAUUGUUAGUGUAAAUCUAUCAUCAGUUCAUUCCUCGAUGGUUGCAUGAGCUGUAGACAUGACAGAUCUUCAGUCUUUUGCUUUACUUCUCGAAUUCAUUGUUAGUGUAAAUCUUAAGAACGUUCACUACAUUUAAUAGGAUAGUUGGCAUUUCACGUGCACCAACUUUUAAUUGCUGUAUGUUUGCAGCAGCAGCUAUUAAUACAAAUUGGUCCUUUGCUGUA